UCAUGCAAACGGUGCAAAUUCCAAACUUCUGCGACUUGUUGAGAAACGUAUUUAAUGUAAGUCAGUUUUAAAAUUUAGUGGGAGUUAUCAGACUUAUUUCCCGUGAGGAUCUUUACAUCGGCAUAAUGUCUAGAGUAGUGUUGUUCGUCUUCCUGGCAGGGCUAUCCUCCAGUUUGGCCUUGAAAGUGGCCGUUCCCGAUUUCGGGCCCUAUUACACCGCGUCGGGGGUUAUUCACCUGCCCUACGCGGAAAUCAAAGAGCCCUUCACAGCGUAUUUUGACCUAGAGAACAACAGGAGCCGCAUUGACUACUAUGGAGGGAUGGUCAUGACCUACCAGCGGGGGGAUCAGAUGACGUACGGCGUCUCCUACAAGGUGGCACCCGAGACAACGGAGACCCAGACCAACGUGCAGACAUGCUUCCAAGUCAAUGGCACCAAGGAUAACGAGAUACUACCUCAGUCAAUUGUGCCAGAUCUCACGGAAUUCACUUAUAAAGGUGAAGUGUCCUGCAAAUGGGGAACAUGUGAGCAGUAUUUGCUAGUCACUCAAGUGGGCGACCAGAUGAACCGCUACACCUUCCUGCUGACACGCUCAAAGGAUGGCGCUCCCAUCCCGCGGCAUUAUGAGAUGAAGGGAUAUGACAGCCUAAUCGGAAGUCAUUAUGAUAAAUACGUAAUCUCCUAUAUCCAGUUCGAUCCGGUCAAACCCGAUCCAUCAGUAUUCGAUAUUCCGCAAGGAUUGGUAUGCGGUGGAUUUCCUGGUCCCGGCUCGGGUGUGGAGCACAUUGUGGAAGCCAACCCCAUGCACGAGUAUGUGCGUCGUGAUCAUAGCCACAUCCACCACGCUUUCGAAGACUUCAAAAAGAAUCAUCAGCGGGACUAUAAUGACAAGGAGCAUGCCGUUCGCAUCCGUCAUUUCCGUCAUAAUUACCGCUUUGUUAAAAGUCACAAUCGGGCGGGCAAAACUUAUAAAUUAAAGAUCAACCAUCUGGCUGACCGAUCCGACGACGAACUAACCCGUCUGCGAGGGCGAUUGCCUUCCAAGGGCAAGGGAAACAACGGCCUUCUCUUCAAUAAAAAGCAGUUCAAGAAGAAGGAUAUUCCCACGGAGAUUGAUUGGCGCCUGUAUGGAGCGGUGACGCCAGUGAAGGAUCAGGCUAUCUGUGGAUCGUGUUGGAGUUUUGGCACUGUGGGAUCUGUGGAAGGUGCGUUGUUUGUGAAGACCGGCAAGUUGGUUAAGUUGAGCGAGCAGAAUUUAGUGGAUUGUUCAUGGGGAUAUGGAAACAACGCAUGCGAUGGAGGCGAAGAAUGGCGCGCCUAUGAGUGGAUUAUGAAACAUGGAGGCAUUGCCACCGAUGAAUCUUAUGGAUCAUAUUUGGGAGCGGAUGGUUACUGCCAUUACAACUCUUCGAAUACGGUCAUCGGCGCAAGAAUUGCAUCCUAUGUCAACGUGACUUCCGGUGAUGAAGAGGCGCUAAAGAUGGCCAUCGCCGUGCAGGGCCCGACGGCCGUGGGUAUCGAUGCGGCGCAUAAAUCCUUCAGCUUCUACUCUCACGGUGUGUUUUACGAGCCGGAUUGCAAGAACGGGCCUGACGAUCUCGACCAUGCUGUCCUGGCUGUAGGCUACGGGGAUUUGAACGGGGAGCCAUACUGGCUGGUGAAGAAUUCGUGGAGCACCUACUGGGGUAACGACGGUUACGUUCUGAUGAGCCGUAAGGAUAACAACUGCGGAGUAACCACUGAUGCUACCUAUGUUAACAUUGCGGCUUGAAGCUGUUGUUUUAGUACUGUUAGUUGCAAUUUUGCUCCAAAAAGUUGUGAUUUUUUUGGUUAAUUUUGUUUCAUUUUUUAUCGUUUCGCAGUUGUGAGUUUAGUUGAGCUUCAUUGUGAUUUAAGUUGACGACCUGUUUCACAUUGGAACGUGCGUACGUAGUUAUCCAGUCCGGUCGGCAGCCGGAAUGACUCGGUUGACCAAUCGCUAAAGUUGUUAUCGAUGUGGUACUUCUUGCUGUGUUCUUCAAUGAACAGUUUCUAUUGCCGAAUAAGAAGCAAUACUCUCAA